UGCAUUACCUGUAAAGGCUUAUGGUUCAAUGUGGGAUUUUACUCUAGUAAACGACAGUACAAGAAAGAUGUUUUUCGACCCUUCUUUGCAACACUUGACAGACACAGCCUGGAAGACUCCCAUUAUUCUAAUGGCAACCACUGGAAUUGGAUUUGGAAUACUGGGAGAGGGACUAAUGAUUCUGGCAGCGUUACUGAUAAAAUGUACAACUAGAGUCGGUGUACAUGUAUGUGUAAAGAUGUUAGCUACAACAUCCAUUUUAUGUGCAUCGUUUGAAUGUCUUAUGGGGGCCAUUUUGUACAAGGAUAACUAUACUAAACAAGAAGCUCCAAAAGAUCUGAACCACGAUUGGCUUCUUCCAUACGACGAAUAUUUUCUUCGAGCAGGGUUUUUUCUGGAAUGUGCUGCAGGCGGACUAUUCCUAUUCAACUCAUUACUCUUCAUUUUGGAUGCAUUGAUGUCGAAUAGACAGGACACAUCGUCAAUCAAUCCAACUUUAAAUGAGGAAAAAGUGUCGUCAACACAAAGCAAGUAGUUGGAAAGGCGACAAACUCGCACACGUACAGUGGUAGCAGUUGGUAAAAGAAAAUUAUAUAAUAUACACAAACACGUUUCAUUCCAUCAAGGAUAAUUAAAUUUUUAUCUUUA